AAUGGCGUGCCCUUGGAUGUUAUAAAGACACAUCGGGAAAUCGUGCUUUGAAAAACUUCCUUGGAUUCGUUCAUACCUCUCACAGCUCUUUUCGCAUCUUUCAAGAAUGUAGAAAAAGAGCGGAAAGUAAAAAAAUGAGCUAUUUUGGUAUCCAGAAUAAAAAUGAGUGAGGGGUCUGAUGAUGCCGGUGCUUAUGAUAAACACGGUUGUGCAAGUAACUGUSGUAGGAAUUACCACCAAUACGGAGUCGGAUGGAGUAGGUCAAACUUUGUUUAUUACAAUAUGGCAGAUUGGUCACCAUGCAAAUGCGGAGAAAUAAAGCAAUACCGUCUGGAGUUGAAGAGGGAUAGACGAGYCAAAUGUCCUUCAUACAAUAAGAAAGUUUACCCCAAAUCAGGUUCAGCCAUAAGCUGCUCAAUCAAAACCGUGCCUUGCCCAGGGUAUAAACUUGAUGGAGGAUGGUCUAGCUAUGGACCUUGGUCAUCUUGUAACCAACUUUGUGGACAUAAUGGAAUACAAAAAAGAACUCGUACCUGCACGAAGCCUAAGCCUGCUAAUGGAGGAAGGAACUGUGUAGGGCAUCCAGAGCAAAAUCGCAGCUGUAACACAAAGAACUGCCCAAAGCCCUGCAGUUUCGACGGUGUUCUGGCUCAGAUUUUAAACAUCUUCGACUAUAGAAUUUCAUUGAGCAAUCACCUAAUUGACGCUUUUUCUCAAGUUAUGGAAGGUCGGUAUUGCCUACUUUAUUGAAGUG